AUGUCUAGGAGUCAGCUUGAACAGGAGAAGAAAUCUCUAGAUUCUUUUGUCUGGGUAAACGAGAUCACUGGAGAAAUCACCUUCCCUCUAGGGGAGGAGACCACGCCUGCAGCCUCCGGAGAGAAGAGUCGGGCAAGGUCCGGGUCUCCGCGAGGGAGCGUGCCCUGCGCGGCGGCUGUUCACAGACCCGGUUCCCCAGGGAACCCCGAGGCUCCGGGCAGAGGGCUCGGGAUGGGAAGCUUGAUUCUACCCGACCUGGCUGUGCCCCGUGUCCUGUCCCCACCAGGGAGCGCUCUGCCGAGGCAACACUACCUGGCAGCGUCCCCUCCUCUGGCCACGAUGCUUCCAGCCAGCCCUUCUGCGCCCUGGGCCCUGUCCUGCAAGCUUAGGAAUAUGCUGACAGGAAACAACCGGUUUUCCUUUUGA